CAGGCGAAGUCCGAGGGCGUGCUGUUCCCCAGCCUCCUCUGGGUGCUGCGCGACUUCCACUUGCGAUUGGUCGACGGACAGGCCGAUCACUCCGCAGCAGUACCUUGAGAAUGCCCUGGCGCCGAUUGCUGGCCAGGAGAAGCGGAACGAGAUCCGCGCGGUUAUAAAGAGCGUCUUCACCGACCGCGACUGCGCCGCCAUGGUGCGGCCCGUCCUGGAGGAGGAGGACCUGAGGCACGUGGAGCGCCUGCCGUUCGCUUCGCUGAGGCCGCAGUUCCGGAAGCAGGUGGACGAGUUCACACAGAGGGUGUACGCUGCCGUCCGGCCGAAGAUGAUCGACGGCGCGGUCGACAGCAAGACGAGCUGAGCGCCCUUCGCAAGGGGGCGCGGCGGCGGGGCGCGGCGCGGCGCCUCCCCGCCGCCCUCCGAGAGCGGGGGAGCGCCCCGGGCGGUCGGCGCGUGCGCGAAGGCCUCGGCGGGCAGCCGCGGUGCCGCGCGCCGCGGGGGGCGCUUCGAGUGGGGGCUCCAGUAGGGGGCUCGACUGCAUGAUAAUCGAGCAGGGGUCUCGACUGCAUCAUCCACUGCCUUCCCGUCGAGUCUGCGAUCCGUACCUGCACUGCUCCGCAGACGGGGAUCAAAGCCGUUCCCGAGCGUGCCGGCGGAGCGCUCUGAGGAGGCCGCGCGGCGGCCGAGGCAUCCUCUGGAGCCGCCGGCUCUCAGAGAUCCUUCAGACGUAUCCUCACCCGAUUGCUCCUCCUCGUCCUGGCUUAAGUCUCGGGGGCGGCGGGGCCGGCCACCGGCCUUCUCAAGAAUCAUUUUGAAAGCGGGUCGCCCACAUCCGGCUCCGCUUGCGCCUCCGUCCUCGGGGCGGUGGCGCCCUUCCAGCCUGCCUGCCUGGCCGAAUACUCAAAGCUCAAAGUCAGUCUCCCCGGGCGCGGGCGGGAGAUCCCGCGCCGCUCCGCGUCAGCGUCAGGGGGCAAAGGUCCUUCUGCGGCGUCCUCUUCUUCCCGAGCCAGACGGCGUGAGCCCGAUUUUUUAUUGGUCCACGCGGGUCUGCGCCAGUGCUGGAGGGGGAG